AUGUUGUCAGCUGAGCAGGUUGCCUUCUUCAAGGCGAAUGGCUAUCUCAUUGUUCGAGAUAUCCUCAACGAUGCCGAGACUGCUGAAGUACAGAAGUGGGCGCAGGAGGUGCACGACUGGACGCCAACUGCUGACUCUCAAUUUAUGCCUUACGAGGAGAUAAAUUCUCGUGGAGAGACGGUUCUUUGCCGUACAGAAAACUACGCCGAUAGCCACGAGGGGUUCAAUGGACUACUCCGCGGCGAAAGGCUCUUGGGGAUUCUGGAAGAGCUUUCAGGAGAGCCCAUGUAUCUUUUCAAGGAAAAGAUUAAUUAUAAGCUCGCAGGAAGUGGUGGAUUUGCGCCGCACAUUGAUGCCGUGGCUUACAAUCACAUUAAAGAUGUGAAGCAUCUCACUAUCUUGCUUGCUGUUGACAAAUCGACUCUCAACAACGGAGGCCUGGAGGUUGUUGAUGCUAGCCACAACAUGGAUAUUCCCCUCAAUGUUGAAGAUCACUGCAUCACCAAUGAGUGGGUUGACUCUCAUGAGUGGAAGCCCGUUGAGCUCGAGCCCGGCCAGCUGCUCAUUUUUACUUCAUACCUGGCUCACCGCAGUGGACCUAACCACAGCAAUGAGAACCGCAAGGCGCUCUACGCUACGUAUAACCGUGCCAGCGAAGGUGAUUUGCAUCAAGAUUACUACGAACUGAGGAAGAAAGAGUGGCCCGCAACUCACAUGCGUAAGGAGGGAGAGGCGUAUGAAGAUGGAGCCUUGAGAUACGCGUUCGGUUCGCCGAUGCUGAGCGUUGAUGCCGGCCGUCAGCUGGCUUUCUAG